CUCCUGGUGUAUUUUCUUAUCUACCCAGUCUAUUGUUCCUGCUACCUAUAUUUUCAUUUUUGCCUUGUUGUAUGCAAUUCAUUUUCCUAUCAAUCUAAGUGUAUGCCUUUUUCUUCUCUUUGCAUACACUACAAAUUAUCAAAUAUUUGUAUCCUUGUUGUAAUAGUGAUAGAGAAUUAGCUGAAUGCAUCAUCAGGCCACCAUAUCCCUCAAACCUUCAUCAUCUAAUUCUAUAACCCACCAUCACCAUGCCUUAUUAUCUCCCAUUUUCCAAAACCCUAGUUUUCUAAUAAUUCCCCCACUCUGUAAAAAGAAGAACCUUCGUUGUUGUUCAAUUCGAGGCAUUGAAAUCCCUGUCACUAAAUUCAACAAUACUAAUAAUAAUAAUAAUAGUAAUGGGUCUACAAAAUUGACAAGUAUAGCUGCUGUAAAAGAUGUUGAUAUUGCAACACUUGGUAAUCUAUGUGUGGAUAUUGUUCUUAAUGUGCCUCAAUUACCACCUAAGCCUUUACCCCAACGCCAAGCCUAUAUGGAACACCUAUCCAAAUCUCCUCCUGAUAAGCGGUACUGGGAGGCAGGUGGAAACUGCAAUGUGGCUAUAGCAGCAGCAAGGCUUGGCCUUCACUGCAUCUCCAUUGGUCAUGUAGGCGAUGAGAUCUACGGACGCUUCCUCAUUGAUGUGCUUAGUGAUGAGGGUAUUAGUAUAGUUGGGAUGAAUCAGCAGAGUGAAGUACUUAAUCUUUCAAGUUCUGACAAUGAAACACUACUGUGCUGGGUGUUAGUGGACCCUUUGCAGAGACAUGGUUUUUGCAGUCGUGCAGAUUUUAGGGCAGAUCCUGCAUUCAGUUGGAUGAGCAGUCUAUCUACAGAAGUAAAGAUGGCUAUUAGAAAAUCAAAGAUCCUCUUUUGCAAUGGUUAUGACUUUGACGAGCUCUCCCCUAGCCUUCUUGAAUCUGCUCUUGAGUAUGCUGUUGAAUCUGGGACAUCUAUCUUUUUUGACCCUGGACCUCGAGGUAAGAGUCUUAUCGCAGGAAGACCUGAAGAACAAAGAGCAAUUGGCAAGUUGUUGAGGAUGAGUGAAGUGCUUCUACUGACUUCCGAUGAGGCUGCAUCUUUAACUGGUAUCAAUGAUCCAAUUUUAGCGGGACAGGAAUUGCUCAAGAAUGGAGUUUGUACUAAGUGGGUAAUUGUUAAGAUGGGUCCGAAGGGUUCAAUCUUAAUCACCAAGUCGAGCAUAACUUGUUCACCUGCUUUCAAGGUCAAUAUUAUAGACACUGUGGGGUGUGGAGAUAGUUUUGUGGCUGCAGUUGCAUUUGGCUUCAUACAUGACUUGCCUUUGAGUUAUACAUUAACCCUUGCAAAUGCAGUGGGUGCUGCAACUGCUACGGGGUCUGGUGCUGGUAGAAAUGUUGCCAGUUUGGGGAAAGUCCUGGAACUAUUGAAGGAAUCAAAUCUGAAUGAGGAUGACAAGUUUUGGAAUGAAAUACUAAAUGAUAAUGUGAACUCCCAGGAUAAAACUAUAGUGUCAAAAAUGGUCGUAAAUGGUAACAGUCAGGUGAACCGUGUCUCCCUGCAAAAGGUGGUUUCUGAAGUGUUGCCUAAGCUUGAAUUUGCAACAGAGAAGGUUGUGGCUCCUUCAAAUGGAUGAACCAUUCUUGGGAUAAAUAGAUCUUGUAGAUGUUACCCAUUUUUGAUUGAUCGCGGCAUAAUCACCACUAUGGAAAGAAAUGCAUGAAGUGGAGGUGAUCUAGCUUGCUCAUUAUGAGGUGCACGGUUGUAUUACGGUUGCUGCCUUGCUGGUGGUCAAAUUGACAGUUUUGGUGAUAGAGUAAAAUGUCCAGAUAUACUAUUCAUUGAUCUGCUUGCAUGCAUGAUAGAGGAAUUGGCAGAUAGAUUGAGCAUUAAUGUUUGCGGGAAAUUGCAUGAUCAAGCAGCCUGUGAUUCUUGCUUGUUGAAGUUUUUGAUUGUUCCUACGUGCACACUUAAGAAGUUGUGCCUUGCUUCCUGUAAUUUGAUUCUUACAACAUCCAUUACUGCCUGGAAUAUCAGGUUUACUGUUCAUUGAAGCUCUCUGACAUACAGAAGGAAAAAUGGGUCAUUUGUUUUACAAUGGAUGCCAUGAGCUAUAUUUUUCUAGUGAAGGAUGUUGUGUAGAAGACACCAAUUAGUGUUUGCAACACGAAGGCCAUUAUCACCAUUUAUGAUCAAUAAAUGGUUGGGCACUAAAUUUGUGUCUCCCUUUCAAUCCGAUGCCCAUUGAGAGCAAUUCAACUUUCAUCAUUUGUGCAGGAUGAGUUAGUUCGCCAUUGACCAAAUGGGGGCAAGUGCAUAGAUAGCCGAUUUGGUAACUCCUAAUUAAGUCAUGGCAUAACUUAACAUUUUGCAAGUCUAGUCAAAUCUCGAUCCGACUCUUGACAUAUGCGUCCGAAGUUGCAAUAUUCAGGUCCGAUGUUACAAAUUUUAUUUCAAGUUUGGCGUAUUGCUUGUGGAAGCAAACUUUUAGACAUGCAGCACGGUGGUUGGCAUCACAUUUGUUUCUAUUAAUCUUUGCUUUUCAGUAAA